AUGAGGCUCGCCGCAACUGGCAGAGUCGCAUUCCGCAGAGCUUAUGCCGACGAAGCGCCCAGUCCCAAGCCCAGCAGACUACGCAGAACCUUCAGAUGGGCUUGGAGAAUCACCUACCUCUCCGCCGUUGGCCUUGUGGGCUACACUUGCUACAUCGUCUAUCAGGAUCGCCACCCGGAACCACAGUUCGAGCCGGAUCCAACCAAGAAGACUCUCGUCAUUUUAGGUACCGGCUGGGGCUCUGUCGCCCUGCUCAAGAAGUUGAAUACUGAGAACUACAACGUGGUUGUUGUUUCGCCCCGAAACUAUUUCUUGUUCACUCCUCUCCUUCCGUCGUGCACGACCGGCACCAUUGAACACAGGUCCAUUAUGGAGCCUGUCCGAACCAUUCUGCGCCAUAAAAAGGCAGCAGUCAAGUUUUACGAAGCAGAAGCAUCGUCGGUCGACCCAGACCGAAAAGUGGUCAAAAUCGUCGACAACUCGGAAAUCCAGGGCGCCACCUCUGAGACCGAGAUUCCUUACGACAUGCUCGUCAUCGGUGUCGGUGCUGAAAACGCCACCUUUGGCAUUCCCGGUGUACGAGAACACAGCUGUUUCCUCAAGGAGAUUGGCGACGCCCAGCAGAUCCGCAAGAAGAUUAUGGACUGUGUCGAGACUGCCGCCUUCAAGGGACAGACCAGCGACGAGAUUAAAAGGUUGAUGCACAUGGUUGUUGUCGGUGGUGGACCUACUGGCGUUGAGUUUGCCGGCGAGCUUCAAGACUUUUUCGAGGAGGACAUCAAGAAGCUUGUUCCUGAAAUCAGCCCUCGCUUCAAAGUCACCCUGAUUGAGGCCCUCCCUAAUGUUCUUCCCUCCUUCUCGAAGCAGCUCAUCGACUACACCGAAAACACGCUCCGUGAGGAGAAGAUUGACAUCAAGACAAAGACCGUGGUCAAGAGGGUCACGGGCACGACAGUCGAGGCCGAAGUGAGUCGCCCUGAUGGUAACAAGGAGCGCGUUGUUAUCCCGUACGGCCUCCUAGUCUGGGCCACCGGAAAUGCCGUUCGGCCAAUCAUCAAGGACUUGAUGAGCAAGAUUCCUGCCCAAAAAGAUUCACGUCGGGGCUUGGCCGUCAACGAGUACCUUGUUGUUCAAGGUACGCGCGAUAUCUGGGCUAUUGGAGACUGCGCCGUCGCCGGCUAUGCUCCCACUGCCCAAGUCGCCUCCCAGGAGGGCAACUUCCUUGGCAGACUGUUCAACAACAUGGCCAAGACUGAAAACUACGAGUCUCGCAUUCGUGAGCUUAGUUCCAAGAUGAAUCUCCAGGGCGGUGAUUCGGCCAAGGCCGCACAGGAGAUUGAGAGUCUGGAGAAACAGCUGCGCAGGAUCAAGGACAUCAAACCCUUUAGAUACAGCCAUCAAGGUAGCUUGGCUUACAUUGGCAGCGAGAAGGCUGUCGCUGACGUCAGUUGGUGGAACGGAAAUUUGGCCACCGGUGGCAGCAUGACCUAUCUUUUCUGGCGCAGCGCUUACCUCUCCAUGUGCUUUAGCACUCGCAAUCGAGUCCUGGUCAUCUUGGAUUGGCUCAAGUCCAAGGCAUUCGGCCGCGACGUGUCACGAGAGUAG